AUGUUGGAGGUGGACUUAGUCUGGAAUGAGCUUGCAGACCAUCAAGUCCCAUACCUAAAAUCCGAAGUGACAAAGAAACCUGAUCUUUGGGCCAAUUGGCAUACCUCAGGUUUAAACCAAGCACCAUUCAAGGUGACAUGGUUCUGGGACACCCAGGCAUCGAGGAGCAACAGAGGUGAAGGCACAUCAACACCUAACAAGGUGAACCACAAGGGCAUGCCCUUUAUGGAAAGAAGCUUGGAGACAGUUGAAGUUACAAUGGCAGGCUUCGCAGGCUUCUUUUGGAAGUAUGUCGUUGGAGUAAAUGGAACAUCAAACGAAAAUGACACUGCCAUGCAACUGUUUGAGGCUCAAGUAAAGGAUGUGGCAUAG